GGGAAAUAGUAAAUUGUAUAAUAGUAGCCGACAAGUCGAAUAAAAGCCUAUAAUAAGGGGAAUGUAGAUGUAUAUAAUCUAGUUACUUAAUAGUUCUACAUUAAGGAUAUAUAUAUAUAUAUAGUAACAGUCUAUAGGUAAUUACCCACAGAAAUACAACGUUAUCGAGGUCGAAACACAAUAUUUCAAUGAUUUUUAUUGCGGUUAAGCAUGUAUAUUUGUUAUAAAUAAUAAAAACCGAUGAACUUAUCAGGCGCACAGCGUUAUUCGUUGUAGAGGUUAGUAAAUAGGCUAUUGAUAAUAUUAACUUCACAAACUUGGGCAAUAAUUACAUACGGUUUGAAUAUAUAUGUUUUCUAUUUCGUAAAAGGGUGUGGAAAUUUAUUUUAAUUACCAGAAACUAUUUAAAUUUGAACACGGCACUGUAGUGUAUUCCCAAAUCGAAUAAAAUGAAAGUAGGUGCUGGAUUUAAAGUUCUUAAUAAAAUAUUAUGCACUUAUAAGUAGCACCUUGUUAUGUUCACCACUUGAUUAACACAGAAUACGGUAUACAACUACGACAUUCGAACGUAUAGAACCCCACAGUCUCAAAUAAGAAGACUGGAGAAGUGUUUGCUAGGUAAGAGUCAAAAUGUACAAAAUAUCACGGAUAUUUAUAAAUAUUACCGCCUGUUAUGUCAGCAUUAUAAUUCAGCCAAUCCGCAAAGAAGCAUAUUAUGCUACUAUUCAAUAAUAGCAUGCCACGUUGAUACUCUAGGACGCUCCAUCACGUUCUUGUUUCAUGGACACUCUUCGGCUCCUCCGGAGGCUCUGUUGUAGUUCACUGAAGCCAUCGGUAACACCCCGGAGUAAGAUUUCUUUCUCGGAUCCACUUGUGACCUAACGACUGGUUUGCGAUGGCGUUCCAUUUAUUAUUUAUUUAUUAUGCUGUACUUGUGGUCCGAGUCUUCUUUUCAAUAUUCUUUUGCGUCUGUGUUAUUGAUGUAUCUGAAAUUACCUCGAGUGGGAGAUUCAGCUGUUUAUCUCGAGUGUGCAUCAUUCUUCUAUCAUUUGUGAUUUAGUUAAUGUGUCCGAUAUCUGUACAAAAAGUUCCUCGAGCUCUUUACGAAACUCUUCCUAAACUUUGUACGAUUUUUCCCGGUUCUCAUCGAUUCUUUCUGAGGUGGGACUUAACGAAAACUUUAUCGACAACGUUAUAAACAUGGGAUAUUAAGAUUUGGCCUGUGUCCAUCCAUUAUUAUGAGUAGCAACAUAUGACGUUGAAAACAGUUCGAAUAAGUCUUCCGAACGUGGCUUCAGCAGGAGUCUUUCCAUCUGGACCAAUCCAAUUCGGAUUAGUACUGCUGGCCGAUAGGAAUUUUGUAAUUACCUGUCUAGUUUCCUCCUCGCCUCCCUCUUUUGGAAAUGCUCAUUUUAGAGUAUCGACAGGACGUUCUACUUGUCCACUCCAUUGGGGAUGAUAGAGCGGCGGACGUGGAUGUACUGUUUCGUUCAUGGGACAAAAAUGAUUCUGCAACGGAUUGCUGGCCAUUGUCAGUCUUUAAAGUCUUUGAGACUCCAAAACAUUUGAGCAAAGUAGACAGUUUGUGGAAUGUUUCUGAUGCUGUACAAUUGGGCAUAAUUUACGUUUCUGAUCACUUUGUAAAUGCAUCCACAAUAAUCAGAAACAUUCAACCUUGAAUUGGACCUGCGAAAUCUGUAUGCAGUCUUGCCCGGGGUCCUGAAUUCGUGAACCAAUGCUUUGGUCCGCAUUUUGAAGGGCUUUCGGGAGAUUGAAGACAUGAUAGACGAUUGCGGCAUUUGUUUUCUAUAUCUUUGUUCAUUAAUGGCCGACAAGCGUAGCUUCGAUUAAAUGAUUUCGUCUUAUUGAUCCCGGGGUGACCACUGUGAAAGUGUGUGCGAAGCUUGUGAUGCAAUAAUUCCGGAAGAUCAAUGCGUUCACCGAACAUUUUUCAGGAAUUGAUCACCAUCAACGAGUAACUUCGACGAAAAUAUUGCAAACGUUCUCCUUCAAGACGCUUGUCUGGCAAUUAAGUGGGAAGACAGCACUUAACUCUGCUCAAUAUCUGAUCAGUUUCAUUGAUGGCUUCGAAAGUAACUGGAAGUUCAUCGUUUGCGUUAUCCGAUACACAAUGAACUUCUGUUUCAACUUUGAUAUUUGUCACAAAAGUGUCGUCUGAAGUUUUUGACUGGGAACCUAUUAAUCUUCAUAACGCGUUAUCUUCCCCGAAAGUGGUAAUAGACUGAUCCUUUAUCGUAAUAUCGCAACCCGAAAGUGUUAUUGCCCAUCGUUGUAGCCGUUGUGAACAGGAAUCUUUUUCUUCUACCCAAAUGCGUCAAGUAAUGACUUAUGGUCUGUUAUUCGUGUGAAACUUUUUACUGCAAAGAUAUUUGAUAGCGCCUCUUUUUCAAUUUGACCUCAGUUGUUUCGUGUGGAACGCUGAUCAAAUAUUAUCUUGUGGAACUUUUUACUGCAAAGAUAUUUGAUAGCGCCUCUUUUUCAAUUUGACCUCAGUUGUCAAUGAUCUGAUAGCAUGGGAGAUUGCUUUUUCAGGCCCAUCAGGGAAAAUGUUGGAGAUGACUGCUCCCAUACCAUAGUUCGAAGCAUUUGAAGAAACCACUAAUUGUAGGGAAGGAACAAAGUGCAUUAGUAAAAGAUUGUUAACUAGGAGUUGCUCGAUUUUCUCGAAAAUUGUUUGACAGUUCACCAACCAAUCCCAUUUUAUAAUCUUCAGCAGGUGGUUUAGUGGAGCAAGGAGGAUGGUACCAUAAUAAUAUGUCCAGACAAAGUUUUAACAGCUUCUCUGAAUCUUUUGGUCCUUCAUGUUACUCUUUAAUAAAACGGAGAUACUGUAUGUAUUGUAUAUAAAAGUCACGCUUUCCCGAGAGGAGGCGAAAACCAUAUUCGGCUAUGAGUCCUAGCACCUGAUCCAGUUUCUUUGUGAGUUCAUUUUAUCUGCUACCAUAUUUAUGGUGUCGUCUAAAUUAACCUGCCCUCCUGGAAUACCUUGUGACAUGGUAUCCGCAAUUUGCUGGAAAAUAGAGGGCGUCACCUUCAUUCUAAAUGUAGUCAGUUAUGUAGGAACAAACUCGUGUGCCUGUUGACCGUUAGAUCGUUACUUUCAUUGGAUACAGUGAUUUGUAAAUAUGCGUCUAGUAAAUUCCAUUUUGUAGUUCUUGGGAGCCGUCCUAACAUAACUACCCCACGAAAAAUCAGAAACGUUCUCGGACACAAUUAAUUCUGUAAAAAUAUGGCGUGUUAGAUAGCGCAUGCGCUGAUGGAGUGAGAUCAAACUCACGGAGCGCUUAUUUAUUUGGCGUAAUAAUCGUCAUUUCCUGCAUUUCUGCUAUUUCGUAGACAUCAUUACCAAGGUUUGACUUGAAAACUUCAAAUAAGUUGUGCAUUGGGUAAAUAGUUAAAGAAUGGAUAUAACAUGUUUGUAAUACUCCGAGUAGGAAAACUAAAUUUUCUGACGUUUUGUGACUCUUUGAGAUAUUACAAAUACGUUAUUUUAAUUGAAGGUGCUAUUUCGUUUUGCUUCCUGUUUAUUUAAUAUUUUCGUACUGGCCCUCGGCGUUUCAGUUUGCAGAAUUUUUACUGGUUAUACGAAAUUCGUAUCGUUAGUUUUUCAUAUUUAUCAGAUGGGCUAUUUGUUUCAUGAUUUUGGCGUUAAGGUGAAAUUCUCACGUUUUUGUUAUCAAAAUUCACACCAUUUUCACAAAUAACGUUUUAGAUUGGUGUAGAACGAUUACAGUGUUAUUCAUAAUUUUAACCCUGAAUCCUAUAGGCACAUGGACAUUUGAUUAUUCUUGUAACAACAAAAUGAAGAUCUUACAUUUCAUUCUUUCUGUUGUUCUAUAUGUAAUCAUAUUUAUAUUCAGUAUUUGUUGCUUAUUUGUAUCAAUUGUGAGCAGACAUUCAUAAAUGGUUAAUCGUUUCACACACUACUUUCAGUUUUCAAACAAAUGCUACCUUUGUCAUUUUUUCUGCUUUAUCGUCGACGGCCUAUGAUUUGAAGAUUGCAUUAAGGUUUUAAAAUUCUUUCAGGUCGCUCUGUACGACGCAAGACCUUUGGAUUGAGUUAUUUAUCGGCUAAAAAGAAGUUAGGUUGGAGAUUGAUAGAACAUACACUGCGCAAAUCACCGAAUGGCAUCACGAGGCAAGCGCUUUCCUAAAAUCCUGAAGGGAAGAGGAAAAGAAGAACUGAAGGCAAAUAUCAAAAUGAUGAAUAGAAACUAGAAAGCAAUGCCUACUCGACAUUGGAAAAACUCAACCGGAGAUGAGGUAGAAUUCGAGGUGGAAGAUAUACUAGAUAUGCGUACAAUCAAUGGAGAACCAGAGUACUUAAUCAAAUGGAAAGGACAUUCUCCUUCAAAAAAUACUUGGGAACCGCAGUCCAACUUAAAUUGUCCAGUAUUGCUCAGGCGUUUCCUUGAUAAGCACGCAGCCAUUGAGCCAACAGUAGCCACCAUUCCUGAAGGCGCAGAACCGUACGGAUUUGAUCGUGGUCUAGCACCUGACUUUAUCAAUAUGGUUACGAAAAAGGACAAUGAAUUGUAUUUUCUAAUCAAAUGGAAAGGAAGUCAAGUCCGCGAUGUCGUACCUGCUGCUCAAGCAAACAUUCGGUGUCCACAAAUUGUUAUCAAAUUCUACGAAAGCAUUUUGCAUUUUACUUGAACUAUCUGACUUAAUCAACUGUUUUUAUCAAAGAUUUAGUAAACGUUAAUUUUUAUUA